AUGGCGCUGAGGCAGCGGAGAAAGGGCUCACCAGCUCCAGCAGACACGACUCAUGCCGCCCAAACAAAGCAGGAUGGCCCCGGAGUAGCUUCUUCGCCGCUGAUACCGCGCAAGACACUCGCACUGGUCCUACUAUGCGUCCAGAACGCGUCCGUCUCGAUCCUGACCCGCCAGUCCCGCACGACAUCCUCCCGCUCCCUCUACAACCCCUCCGUCGCCGUCUUCACCGCCGAACUCAUCAAGGCGGCGCUGUCAAUCUCGAUGCUGGCGGUAGAACGGAGGAAAGUGUCCAGGGCAAAGGCAGGGAGUGGAGGGUACCUCUGGCACGCCGGAGCGGCGGUCCAGGAUCUCGCGCGGAAUCAGCGGACAGAGGUGGUCAAGCUUGCGGUGCCUGCGAUGCUGUACGCCCUGCAGAAUACGCUCCUUUACGUCGCACUGUCGAAUUUGGAUGCCGCGACGUAUCAGACGACCUACCAGCUCAAGCUCCUCACAACCGCCAUCUUUUCCAUCCUCUUCUUCCGCCGCUCCCUCUCCGUCCAGAAAUGGAUCUCCCUCAUCCUCCUCACCACAGGCGUCGCCAUCGUCCAGCUCGAGUCGUCCGAGCCCAAACCCUCUCCAACGCGCCAUGUAUCCCUUUCGCAAGAUCCGACCAAAGGCUUCGCGGCGAUCCUGGCGGCUUGCUUGAGCAGCGGACUCGCGGGCGCAUGGUUCGAAUGGGUUCUCAAGAGCCCUCCUUCGUCCGCGCCGACUCCCGCAGCAACUCCCGACUCGCCUAAAUCGCCUUCCCUCCAGUUGCGCAAGAAUUCGCCCUCCCUCUGGGCUCGCAACCUCCAACUCUCCGUCCCCUCACUCCUCUUCUCGUUCUCCGGCGUCCUCCUGUCCUCGCCUAUACGCAACGCAUUUGAGAAGCGCGGUUUGGAGGAAGCAGUCCGGGCUUUGGGAGGGAUGUGGACUGGGUUCACACCGCUCGUUUGGUGUGUCGUGCUGAACCAGGCGCUCGGAGGGCUGCUGGUUGCGAUGGUCGUCCGAGAAGCGGACAGCGUCGCAAAGGGCUUCGCGACAAGCAUUGCCAUCGUCCUCUCAACACUCGCCUCGGCCGUCCUAUUCGGCGUUGUGCCAGGAACGAUGCUCAUCGUCGGCGGACUGCUGGUCAUCUCGUCGACGGUCCUGUACUCUCUAGACAAAGACUAA